AUGGACCCGCCGCCGAGCGACGACGGGUCGACCGCGGACGCGCGCGCGGGGGGGUACGUCUUCGUCCUCGAGCUCGCGACGCUGGAGACGGCGAAAGUUGGGAAGGGCUACGCGGUGUUGAACUGCGACGAUCACGCAAACUUCAUUCGGCGGCACGGGAAACAGCCGGGGGAUUACCGACCGGACAUUUGUCACCAGGCGCUGUUGUCGAUCCUGGAUUCGCCGUUGAAUAAAGCGGGGAAGGUGCGAGGGAUAUACGUGAACACGCAGAAGAAUGUCUUGUUUGAGGUGUCGCCGAAGACGCGGUUGCCGAGGACGUUUAAGCGGUUUUGCGGACUCGUGGCGCAGUUGUUGCAAAAAUUGAGCGUGCGCUCGAGCAACGGACCGGAGAAGUUGAUGCGGGUGGUGAAGCAGCCGGUGACGCGAUACUUUCCGGCGGGAGCGAGGCGGGUUGGGUUCUCGUUCAGCGCGCCCGAGGUGAAGCGGUUGCCGGAGUACGUGCGGGCGCUGCCGGAGGACGCGACGGUGGUGUUCACCGUGGGCGCGAUGGCGCACGGAAAGGUGGACGUGGCGUACACGGAUGAUUUUAUCUCCGUGUCAAAGUAUCCACUGAGCGCGGCGUGUUGUUUGGGGAGAAUAUGUAACGCGUUGGAGCUCAAGCACGACAUCGUGUGA